AAAAAAGUGAAAUUUUGUGCAUUUUUUGGAAUUUGGAAUAGCACUUGCUGUCCUCACCUGUUUGUUUAUCCUGGCAAAACGAGCCGGUCACUUUGACUGUAAUCGUACAUUAGUUUCAUAUUUGGUUUAGUUUUCAGGUUAAAUAUGUUCAUGUAAGUUGAGAUUUUAUUUAGAAGAAAAAAAAACCCUUCUCGCUUUAUAUAAUUCGUGAGUUCAAUUAAAAGAAUUAAAUAUGUCUACUGAUCAUUCAAAAUCUCCAAUUAAAGAUUCUGCCUCGAACAAAUAUGAAACAAAGGAAAAAAUUGUGUCCGAAAUAGCAGACAGCUCUGUUCGAGAAAUGGGUGAAGUAAUUGAAUCAGCGAGAUCUGUUUUACGUUUAAACAUGUAUGCUGCCGCUGGAGGCUUUAUAUCAUUAACCUAUGGAGCAUAUUUAUUUGGUCAUUCUGGAUUUGGAGCAACUUCUAUGUUUUGUGUGGGUAUAGGAGUUAUUGUUUCUGUUUGGAUGAUGAGAAGUAAUUAUUCGACCGAACGAGAUGUCCGACUGACUGUCGAGCGAUCUGUCUCUUUGAAUGAAAAAGAAUGCAUCUUAGCUACUCUAAAAGACUUGCCUUCAUGGGUAUUUUUUCCUGAAACUGAAAGAGCAGAAUGGGUAAACAAGAUUUUAAGACAAAUGUGGCCCUAUGUUGGAACAUAUGUAAAGGAAAUGCUAAAAGAAACGAUGGAACCUAGUAUUAGAGAUGCAUUGCCUUCAUACCUGAAAAGUUUCAGAUUUGAAAAAAUUUUACUUGGAGAUAUGCCCCCAAGGAUUGGUGGUAUUAAAGUUUAUCAAGAAAAUGUGUCACGAAAUGAAAUAAUUAUGGAUUUAGAAAUUCGGUUAUGGAUGGUGUUUUCGACACUAGGGAGCGCUGCUAGCUGUGGGCCUGCUUAUACUUCCAGGUUGCUGUUUCCUGUGUAUUUUAAAGCCAUUUGGCUCACAACGUGGUUUUAUGGCGCACGGGCAUUGAUUAUGUAUGGAACGUUAAGAGUAGUAAUGAAACCAUUGGUGAAAAUUAUUCCUCUUGUUGGUGGAGUUACUGUCUUUUUCUUAAAUAGACCUAGAAUAGAUUUCAACUUGACAAAUGUUGCUAACGUAUUGGAUAUGCCUGGAUUAGGGGAUGUUCUUAGAACUGCUGUGAAUGAACAAGUUGCUGCUAUGAUGGUUUUACCUAAUAAAUUCCCUGUUCAACUAAUUCAAGAUAUUCCAUUAAAGUCAUUGAAAUUUUCACCACCAGCUGGAGUUCUUCGUUUACAUAUUAUUGAAGGUCGGGAUCUAAUCAAGGCGGAUGUGGGUGUGCUAGGCAUGGGAAAGUCUGAUCCAUAUUGUAUUAUAUCAGUUGGAGUACAAGAAUUUAAAACUCAGGUUAUAAAGAAUACUAUCUUUCCUAAAUGGAACUUCUUUUGUGAGCCUAUUAUUGAUCAAUUUGUUGGACAAAAUAUUGAUAUUGAAGUCAUGGAUGAAGACCAAAGUAGUAAGGAUGAUUUUCUGGGAAGAGUAUCUGUUGAUAUAUCAAAAUUGGUCAAGAAACGAGAUAUAAAUGCUUGGUUACAAUUAGAAGAUACAAAAUCUGGUUCUAUAAAUAUACAGUCAACUUGGUUGACUUUGAGUGACAAUGCUGAUGAUCUUCCUCAGCAACUUAUUGAAAUAAGGAACUUAAAUCCCAGAUCAACUAUGUAUUCUGCUGUUUUGCUUGUUUUUCUUGACAGUGCUAAGCAUUUGCCUAAUGUAAACAGGGGAGCUGAGGAACCAAGUGCACAAGUUCAGUUGACUGUCACUGGAUUUAAAGAGACGAGUGCAAUACGUCCACAUACUAACCAUCCAGUUUGGGAAGAGGCUUUUAGAUUUUUGUUACAUAAUCCUGAAAUUCAAGAUUUAACAGUUGAGGUCUCUGACACCAAGUCAAAUAAACCUAUUGGAAUGACAAGGGUUCACCUUUGUCGUUUGCUUAGGGAGAAAGAUAUGCAGUUAGAAGAACCCUUUCAACUUCUUGGUGCUGGGCCUAAUUCAAAAAUAUUGAUGACUCUUCAAUUAAAGAUUUUAGUUCCGUGUGCUGCUUCUAAUUUCUCAAAAAAGGAAGGAAUUUCAAAGAAAGAAAAAAGCCCAGACAAAACUGAUGGUAAACCAAAAUCAAAUAUGGAUUUACCUGAUAUUCCUGAUAUCACACUCAGUGCUCGUCCUUUAAGUGCAGCUACUCCAACUAUUCAAGAUAUGAUUCAAACUACUAUAAUUCCCGCAGUUGAUAAUAUAGAAGUUAGAGGUGAAAAGCCUGAAAUUCCUCAUCAGUCAUCUUUGACUAACGCAUCUCCUCCAGAUUCACCAUCUAGAAAGUCUUCUCCAGUUAAAACUCCAUCCCCUAUUAAAAAAAAGGCUUCUCCUCCAAGUCUUAGUGGGGAUAGCAUAAAAAGUAAUAGGAGCGCUAGAAGUAAUUCUGGAAUAAUCAAAAUACAGCUUACUUUACGAUACAGUAUUCCUAGGAAUAAGCUUGUUGUUGUUGUCCAUAAAGCUAAAAAUCUACCAUAUAAAGAGGGUGAAGACAAGCCAGACCCAUAUGUGAAAAUCUAUAUGACUCCCGACCGUAAUAAGGAAACAAAGCAAAAAACCCAAGUCAUCAAGAAUACUUGUAACCCUAUUUUUGAUGAAACGCUUGAGUUUGAUGUCAAUCUAUCAGAAGUAGCAAAUUAUUCAUUAGAAGUUACAGUUGUUUCUAAAAGUGGCUCUAUGUUUCCACGUGGCAAAACUUUAGGAAAGUCCGUAAUUGAUUUAACAAAUCUGGAUCUUAGUAAAGCUUCAACAGAAUGGUAUGACUUAGAUGCUGCAGAUUAGAUGAUUUUAGUUUAAUGCU